AUGAAAUUUAAAUUUUUGUAUAGAAGCAACAAAGCUGUGAGAAUAUCAAGAUUGUCCUACUGGAGAAUUUUUCUCUACCUCUUUGAGCUCUUGAAUUAGUUGCCAGGAUAGCUGAAAUGACUUGUGAGCAUAUCAAAGUCUAUGCUUUGAGUGUCCACCAGAAGAAAUUUUAAAUUUAGAAGAUCUUACCUGAGUUACACAGUGAGAUCUUACAAGACAGAUUCUGAUUCAAGAUCCUCAGCUACAAAAUAUACCUGUGUGUAGAAGCUUUGAGUACUUUGUUAAUGCGAACAGCAAGAGUCCUGUUGAGUUAGGAACUAAAGAGCAUCCCUACAAAGACAUUGAGGCUGCCUUCUCUGAAAUUAUGAACUUCCACAGUCAUAAUCAGAGAAAUAUGACUGUUUAUGUGAUGGAAAAGUCUACUGUUUUUGUGAACAGUGUUACGUUCUUCGUGAAUAUGAGCCAUGUCUUGAUAGAAACUUACAAUGAAAAUAUGCUCAAUUUAGGUCUAGCAAGGAUGGUAGGAAUCAAAAAUGGCUCUAAAAUCAUCCCACCAGCAAUGCCAACAAAGUUCAGCAUUCUAGCUCAUAAACAGCUCAAUUUGGAAGAAAAUAUAUUUCAGAAUGAUGGCUUUGAUUCAGUAGAAAAGAGUCAGAUUUCUCAGAUUAGUGCAGUAUUCAAGCCAUACCAUUGAGGAUUAAUCAUCAAGAACUUCAUGGUUACGACUGAUUAUGAUGGGAAAGUUGCAUACCAUGCCUUUUUGGAACCUUACAGAGUGGACAGUAGAGUAGUAGCAAUGAUAGAUUGUGAAAUUAGAAUUCAUGGCUCUGUGAUGAAGGCUCUGACUACUGUUUUUAAUUGGCAUAUGGAGAAUAUUCUCAUAGAAACACAGUAUCUUUCAAGAAUAAGUCUACUUGGAGUCGGAUGAGGAGAAAGUAAGUCGGAUUUGGGUACAAGAACCUAUUUCAAGAAUGUUACAACAAUAGCUUCUGGAGAUAAACCAGCAUAUCUGAGAGGAGAAUCAGCAUUUAGAAACUAUGCAGCAAAUGACAUCCAUUUUGAAGACUGACAUUUUGACAGCUAUACAGGAUAUCCAGGAAUCUUUGCUCAAUAUAUAUUCUAUCUUGAUCAAACAAAUUGUUUCAGAAGUAUUCCAAACAUUUGGAAUUUUACAAACAUUCAUAUGACAACAUCUAGAAACGAAGAAGGGAAGAAUAGUGCUAAUAUUGGAACAAACAUCCUUGCUAUGUUGAGAACAGGUGCAAUUCUAUCACCUUUAAACGCUUACUUGAAUAAUUUCACUGUAUCAAAUGAUGUGAAUAAUUUAUAUGGACAGGUUGGAGCACUUCCUACUCCAGUAACUAUUUUCCAUAUCGAUGGUCUUCGAUUUCUGAAUUCUGAAGGAUUUUUGAUAAAUCUAGCCUAUGUUUUGGGGGCGAAUAUGAAAAAUCUCUACUUUGAAAAUGUUACAGCUACUCAAAACAAAUUCCUUAAUUUUAGAAGUGACAACGGAACGAGAAUAGAUGGUAUUACUUUUAAAAAUUUGACCUAUGGUAAAUCUGAGAGUUCACCGCUAGUGCGAAUAAUUUGAUUCAAAGACUGUAAAAGCCAUGUCAAGGAUAUCAAAGUUAUAGACUCACAAGUUCAUCAAAGAGAUGCAAUUUUUUCUAUAACUGCCAAAUCUCAAAGCACCUUGGAGGUAGAUAAUGCUUACUUCGAAGGACUAAAUAUGAGUGGAGAUACUCCUAUUAUUGCAUACGGCAUUUUUAAGAAUAUCACAAUCACAAACAUUCAUGUAUUUCGAAGUCAUUCUGCUAAUGAUGGAAACCACUUCUUGAUUCAGAGUAGCUAUACAAGUCAGGGAUUAUCUCCAAAUAACACCAAGGUAUUUAAAAAUAUCUUAGCUGAAGAAUCUACUUUGUCUUUGAUUUCUGUCUCAAAGCCUGACGGUUAUACUGAUUCUGAAGAGUUUAUGACAAUUACAAAUGUGACUUACAGGAACUCCGAAUCACCUGUGGAGUUAGAUGUGAUAAAAAUUUACAGAAUGUCUACUGUUGGAACUUAUAGCAUUGCUUUGAAAGAUAUAGUUUUCUCUAAUCUAACCUUCCAAAAAGAAAGUUCUCUUCUCCUCUUUGGUCAACAGUUGAUGGAGCCCGCAACUGUCACGAAUUUGACAGUUUAUGGAGUAAAUAAGGCAGGAAUCACUAUUCAAUCUUCUGACUCUAGCGAUAUUUAUGAAAAGACUCAUGUUACAUUUACAAAUAUAAAAGGAGAGCACAAUGAUGGAAUGUCAAGAUCUUUGAUCAAUAUUUUCUCUGGUGCAGACAUAGAGAUUAUUGACUCAGAGUUUUCAUUUAAUGGAAAUUAUCAGAAAGGAGCUGUCUUGACAGCAGGUUCUAGUAAAGCUAUUGCAACGGUUAGGAAUUCUGUAUUCUGGAACAACACUUCAGUUGAAGGAGGAGUAUUUGAAACUGAAUCACUGAGCAAUAUAAAAUGAUUUAACUGAUCAUUCUAUAACAAUUUUGCUGUGACAGGAGGUGUUAUAAAAGCGAGUGCUGAUGGAAUCUUCGAGUUCUAUAACUGUACAGUUUUCAAUAACUUUGCUUUUCAAGGAUCAGCUUUUGAAUUAUUCUCGACUCAAUUUGAGAGUAUUGUUGAUAAUACAAAUGUUACUGGAAAUAUAGGAAUUAGUAAAGAACAGAUCAUGUCAGAUUUCUUUUCACAAGGAUACGUCUAUCAAACAUUAAAGGACUAUGUUGCUAAUAACUCCUAUAUUUUUGAGAAUUCUGGUAGCUUCAGCUGUUUCAAAAUGAUCAUGGCUCAAAUUUCGAUAACCAAUAGUAAUUUUAUUAAUCAGGAAGGUAUCUUAUCGGCAACAGGAUCAAGAAUAGCAAUAAAUAAUUCUCUUGUGAAAGAUACUCUACUAUCAUCUGACUUGUUUAGUAUUAUAGAGUCUGAUGUGACUCUUGAUAAAUUAAAAAUUCUAAACUCUAUUUGCCAAGCAAUAUCUAGUGAAGUAUUUUACUUUGUUGCUACUUUCGCAGAGAUCAAGAAUCUAGACUACUCAGAAUCAAAUUGAAGACUGAUGAAUUUAGGGUUUUCCCAAGUUUCAAUGCAGGGCAUAGAAGUAAGAAACAUAACCCUUGGGAAGGUUUCAUUGAUCAAAAUGCUAAAAUCCAAGUCAGUUGGAGUUAAUAAUGACGGUAAAGAGGUGCCAACUUUGAUAGUAGAUUCUAAAUUUACCAAUAUAUCUACUGAAGAUAAGGGAAUUCUGAUGAUAAAGAAUUCUAUAGUUAGAGAUAUGAGAAACAUUAGUUUAACUGAGAUUCAUCCACAUGCGCUAGUGGUUGAGAAAUCUGAUAUGGAAAAUAUUGAAGAUCUGAAUUUUAACAAUAAUGAUGGCUGUAUUUCUGCACUUGAAUCGACCUUCCAUUUAAUCCUUCACUCUCAAUUCUCAAAUUGUGGAAGUAGUAAUCUUACGAAUGGAGGAGCAAUCCAAUUUGUCGACUCUUCUUCAAGAAUUGAAGGAUCAGAGUUUAAGGAGAAUCAAGCAAAAGUUGGAGCUGGCAUUUCUAUCCAAUGCAAAUUAGGAAAAAGUUGCAAGAACGAGUUCACAGAUUUAUACUUUUCUAAUAACUCAGCUGCUGAAAUGGGUGGAAGUAUUUUCUAUAACUCAGUGAGACCAAUUCUGGCCAAGAUUCAUUAUGAUAAUAAUACUGCUAAAUAUGGUCCUAAUAUUGCUAGCUAUGCAGUGAAAAUUAUUCAGAGAGGUACAAACACUAACAAAAUUUACUUAAAUAAUAUUGCGAGUGGUCAAGACUUUCCUGAUACUUUGAGCGUGGAUUUGGUUGACAUUGAUGACCAAAUCAUGAAUCUUGAGAGUUCCAAUGCUGUAAAAAUUCUCACUGAAGACCCACGAAUUAAGGCAAAAGGCUCUGAUUCUGGAAGGCUUGUUAAUGGAAAAGCUGAGAUUAAAAAUAUUGUAUUUGUUGGUGAAGUUGGAUUUAUUAAUACUAAGUUUUUACUUACAUCGAAAAGUAUCAACCAAAGAAUUAUUAAUGAAGUAUUGAACAACUUGAAAGGUGAAUAUGACAACUACAUUGAAGUCUCUUUUAGACAUUGAAAACCUGGUGAAAUUCAGACAAAAGAUAAACAGUGAUCGAAGUGUCAUGUGCGUACUUACACAUUCGACUGGAAUUCCACUUCAUGCAUCAAUUGUAUGGAAAAUGCUGACUGAAAUGGAGAAGACCAGAUUUCUGUUGAUAAAGGAUAUUGGAGGAAAUCUACAAAUUCUUCUUCAAUAAUAAAAUGACUAAAUUUUGAUGCAUGACUUGGAGAAUAUCACCCAAAUAAUGAACAUCCAGUGAAAUGAAAAACAGGGUAUAGGGGAAUGUUGUGCUCUGUUUGUGAUAUUGUUGAUGGUAAAAAGUAUCAACCAUUGUCAAACUUCAGAUGAGCUAAAUGCCCAGAACCAUUUGUUAAUACAAUCAGAGUGAUAGCAGUUUGUAUUGGAGCUUUUUGUUUCCAGCUUCUUUUAAUUUAUGUCAAUCUCAGGAAGAAGAAGGAAAGCGAGAUGUCAAUUUUAUUUAGAAUUAUAACAAACUAUUUACAUUUGGUAUCAUCAUUCUUCUUGUUCAAUUUGCAAUUGCCAAAUAGUAUGGUUGGAUUAUUCUCAUUCAUGAGCUGGGCAUCCUCACCAGAUGAGACAUUCUUUUCAUUCGACUGAUUUAUUACUGAUCAUGAGCUAAAGUUCUUUGCUCCUUCAAAUUACUUGUUCAAGAUGUUUAUGUACAUCUUUUUUCCUAUUUUAUUGCUAUUAGCUAUUGCCACUCUUUUCUGUGCCAUCUUGAUUGUCCACAGAGGGAUUCAGUAUUUCAAGAAUAAGGCUAGAGAUAUUGACAUGCCUAUAAAUAAUUUAUUCCAGUUAAAAAGAUCCUUAAUAGUGUCAUGCAUAUGUGUGAUAUUUAUGUUCCAUCCUGCUUUAACAGUAAAGUCUUUAUCUCUACUCUUAUGAACAGAAAUUGACGAUGGAGAUUUCAGAAUGACCCAUCAUCUGGACUACACUUGCUGGUCUUGGAGCCAUAUACAAUGGGUAAUUUUUGUAGCAUUGCCAAUACUCAUUAUUUGGGUGAUUGGUCUUCCUGGAUUUGCUCUUUAUUUUCUCAUCAAAAACCGAAAGAAUCUCAUACAACCACAGAUGCAAAGCUAUUUCUUGAUACUCUACCAAGGGUUUAAAGAAGAAAGAUUUUACUGGGAAUUUGUGAGUGCUUUCCGAAAGUUUCUGAUUCUUUCUAUACAUUCACUGCUGAAUACAGUUCCUCCUUACUAUAAAUUGGGACUGUCAGUUGUCUGCCUUAUAUUCUUUUUUUACUUUCAAAAUUACAUGAAACCGUUCAAAUCAGAGGCUAAUAAUGAAAUUGAUUUGCUGGCUCUUUCUGUCGGAACAGUCACAAUAUACGGAGGAAUUAUAUUUCAAAUGGGAGAAGAUAGUUAUCCUUUCUUUUACAGAUGAACUAUAUUCCUGGUAGUCUCUUGCAACUCUUAUUUCAUCCUAAAUUGGGCUUACCUGCUGAUGAAGCUAACAAAGUGGAAGAACCCAAAAUAUAUUUUCAUUAAAAAUUUACUAGGAUUUAUUCUUUGUAAAGGAGUUAAAAGUUCUAUUGUACAAAAGGAAGAUGAUGAAAGUCCUAAAGGCCCGAUCAAAAAAUUGAUAAUGAAAGGGAAAACUAAGGGAACAAUAAGGAAAUCUCACAAAAAUAAACACUUAAAAGGCCUUGCAAAUGCUAAAGGCAAGAAGAAAAGAAGAAUAUUGAAGAAAAGGAGAAAGCCGAGUUGGUUCCCAGAAGACGAUGUAGAUCCUCCUAUUGAGAAUAAUGAAAUGAUACGAACCUCCUCAAUGAAUGCAUGUAAAAAUUCACUUGCAUAUGCAAAGCCAGAAUUGAGUCAGAAUUGUCUUCAGGAGACCACAAUGAGGUUUAACCAGAAGAAGGCUCAUCUUCUACCUAGUCAGAAGAGAGAGUUAAAGAUUUUACAAAAGGAUGACUAG